AUGUUUUCAAGAACGCUAUACUGUGGUGCUAAAAGUGCCACCACUCAUGUGGCUAGGUACCAGCUACGUUGCUUUUCACAUCUGCCACUGUCUGUACCCAUUAAGUUGCCCAACGGGUUGGAAUACGAACAACCAACAGGUCUGUUCAUUAACAAUAAGUUUGUCCCAUCUCAACAGCAUAAGACGUUCGAGGUCAUCAACCCAUCUACCGAAGAUGAGAUCUGUCAUGUGUACGAAGGUCGUGAAGAAGAUGUUGAUAUUGCAGUAGAUGCUGCUGAUAAAGCUUUCAAGAAUGGUUCUUGGUCUACCAUUGAACCAAUGGAAAGGGGUAAAGCUCUCUCCAGAUUGGCAGAUUACAUUGAAGAGGAUGCUGAUAUUUUUGCAUCUAUCGAAACUCUAGAUAACGGUAAAGCUAUUAACAACUCGAAAAUCGAUGUGCAGCUGGUUGUCAAUUACUUGAGAUACUGUGCAGGUGCAGCUGAUAAAUUUGAUGGUAGACUAGUGGACACUGGAAAGACUCAUUUCUCUUACACUAAGAGAGAACCAUUAGGUGUCUGUGGUCAAAUUAUUCCUUGGAAUUUCCCUCUAUUGAUGUGGUCUUGGAAGAUCGGUCCUGCUCUUGCCGCUGGUAAUACGGUUGUUUUGAAGACUGCUGAAUCCACCCCACUGUCUGCUCUUUACGCUUCUAAAUACAUUGCGAAGGCUGGUUUCCCUCCUGGUGUUGUUAAUAUCGUUUCUGGUUUUGGUAAAAUUGUCGGUGAGGCUCUAUCCGUCCAUCCAAAGGUUAAGAAGAUUGCAUUCACCGGUUCCACCGCUACUGGUAUCCACCUCUAUCAAAACGCCGCAUCUACUUUGAAGAAGGUCACCUUGGAACUAGGUGGUAAGUCUCCUAAUAUCGUCUUUGCUGAUGCUGAUAUGGCUGCCACUGUUCAAAACAUCAUUUUGGGUAUCUAUUUCAAUGCAGGUGAAGUUUGUUCUGCAGGUUCUCGUGUCUAUGUGGAGGAAUCUGCUUAUGACACUCUGGUUGAACAAUUUAUCAAAGCAUCUGAAAACUUGAAAGUCGGUGAUCCAUUCGAUGAAAGUACUUUCCAAGGUGCCCAAACUUCUCAAAACCAAUUGUCAAAGAUUUUGGGUUACGUCGAUAUCGGUAAGAAAGAAGGUGCUACUCUAUUGGCAGGUGGUGAAAGAGUUGGUGACAAGGGUUUCUUUGUUAGACCAACAAUCUUUGGUGACGUUAAAGAGAAUAUGAGAAUCGUUAAGGAGGAAAUCUUUGGUCCUGUUGUGACUGUCACUAAAUUCAAGUCUUUGGACGAAGUUGUUGAUUUGGCCAACGAUUCUCCAUACGGUCUAGCAGCUGGUAUUCACACCACAAACAUCAACAAUGCAAUCAAAGUUUCCGACAGGUUGAAGGCGGGUACCGUUUGGAUUAACACAUACAACGAUUUCCACCAUGCAGUUCCAUUCGGAGGAUUCAACGCUUCCGGUAUUGGUCGUGAAAUGGGCCAAGAGGCAUUUAACAACUACACUCAGGUGAAGGCAGUUCGUUGCAAGUUGCAAUGA